GCCACAAUAGACUACUAUAUAUUCAUCAGAGCUCCCCUCCCCGGCGCUCCGCUUCUGUGCUCGCAAUACUCAGUCAUUAUCUUUGCAGGUGCAACUCCCCAUACAACCACAAUGUCUGACCACGAUUCCAAGUCGGUAGACAUCGAGAUGGAGAAGACCGUGGAGGUCGUUUCUGGCGAGGUCUCAGACUAUGAAAAGAAAGAACCUGUCGAUUACUCGCACAAGCCAGUCGACAACCGGCCACUUCACAAAAGAAUUCUUGGCUAUUUCUGGGAUUCUGCUGGUAGCGAGGACCCUCUUGAACGUGCAUUCAUCAACCGUCUGGAUGCUGGAGUCUUGAUCUAUUCAACCCUCUCUUACUUUGUCAAAUCAGUCGAUCAGAGCAGUAUUUACAACGCCUACGUCUCCGGUAUGCAAAAAGAUCUCCAGCUGUACGGAAAUGAGUACAAUCUGUUUGGUACAUUCUUCAACGUCGGCUCAAUCUCCAUGGCAAUCCCUAUGCAAAUGGUGACUUUCAAGUUUCGUCCCUCCCUCGUUGUCCCCACCUGCGAGCUCUUCUGGACCCUGUUCACUUUUAUGAUCCCUCUCUGCAAGACCGUCAAAGCAGUCUACGCAUUCCGUUUCCUUAUCGGCGCUUCGCAGGCAAUUUGCUACCCAGUAUUCGCUAUGAUGAUUUCCUCUUGGUACAAACCUUCGGAGAUGGCCAAGCGCAUGCUUAUCUAUGACGGAUCAUGGGCUAUUGCCUCAAUCUGCUCUGGUUACAUCAUGGCUGGUAUCUAUGCUACUAUGGAUGGCCUGGAUGGCGUGCCUGCUUGGAAAUGGAUGUUCCUCAUCAACGGAAUCAUGUCUUUCCCUGUCGCAAUCUUGGGCUUUUUCGCUAUCCCCGACUUCCCCAACAACACUCGUGCGCUCUAUCUUACUCCUGCUAUGAAGGAGCUCGCCAUCAAGCGAAUGGAGGAGAUUGGCCGUGUUGGCAGACAAAAGAUGACUCUCAAGAGACUCUACAAAUUUCUUUUGGACUGGCGUCUUUACGCAUUCUCGUUCCCUUACGCCGUCUUCGUUUUGAACGGAUCUGGUUACAUGAAUCUGUGGCUCCAGGAUCUUGGAACCUAUUCCACAGAGAUGAUCAACAUUCUUCCUACCAUUACGAACGUUAUCGGCUUUGUCAUGGCAUACGUCUAUGGUGUUAUCUCUGACAUGUACUACUGCAGAUGGCAAUUGUUCCUUGUCGCAUGUCUGUUUACCAUCGUCGGAAACUUGAUGCUUGCCAUCUGGGACAUCGGCUUCAGCGCCAAAUUCGCCGCUUACAUUCUUCCUGGAUUCGGUACCCCUUACUGGGGUCUUCUGAUGUCUUGGGCGGAGGAUGUGAUGUACGACGAUGCGGAGCUUCGAGGCUUCUUCCCCGCUUUUGCUAAUGCUUUCUAUUAUGCGAUGGGCGCUUGGAUUCCCAACGUCGUAUUUCCCACUGAGGAUGCUCCAGCAUUCAAGCCUACUCAUGGAUACUGGGUCGCUUUUGCGGUAAUGGUCCCUAUUACCGCGACAAUCCCGAUGAUCUACUUUGCGCAAAAGAUUCAGCUCAAGCGUAGAGGCCUGAAGCUGAACUACUACAACAUUCCUGUUCCUAUUGAGUUCUAUUCCCAGCUCAGAUACACGCUUGAUCUCGACUCUGCGACAAAGAACCUGCAGAGUGAGCUUAACGGAGAAAGCUUAGAGGUGGAGCAGGGUAUUGAGUCUAUGCAGGCCGUUUUUGAGACGAAAGAGAAGCCUAACCUGCAUUAUUGAAAUGGGACGGUCUGUCUGUCAGUUUUUGUCUUUUAAUCUGUAACAGCUGAAGUCUGUUUUAGAUUUGCAGCAAUAUUUAAUAAGAAGAAAUAAGAAAUAUCUACAAUUCCAU